UCAGAAUACAAUCCAGAGAACAAACCUAAAGAGUUCACAUCUGCAGAGGCUGAGGUCACGCUGCUGCUGUCGGUUGAACCUCUUUGCUGAUUGGUUAACACUUACGUAGUGGGCGGUGAUGACAAAGAACCACAAGACCAAAGCACCAUCUCAGAGGGCAAAGGCUACGCCCAUCAUACCCCUCCGCUCCUUGGUUUCCUCACACAGUUUGACACUCGCUGCAGCCUCUCAUCCCUCGCCUGGGACCCAAAUCUACAUUCCUCACAAGCCCACCCAGUUCAAGUCUCAGCCUGGCACUCCUUUUGCCUACAGGCAAAACCACUCCCCACUGAACAAAAACGGUGUUGUGCCUGAGCUUGAUGAAUGUGGGUUGACCAGCAUAGAUCGAGUAUGCCUUCCCUUCCAAGAAGCGGGACAUCAGUUUAGAGGAAGAUGGAGCUCAUGUGUAGUGGGGGUUUUUUUUUUUGGCCGGUAUCGUGACAACGUAUUGCAACAUCUGUAAAUGAAGCCAGAUAGACUUGUCGCUCCAGUAAUGUUCACUCUCUGCUAUAAUGGCUGUGUGGGAUGGCAGUUUCACAGGCAGAAGGUACCGCGUGGUUUAACUUGUAUGUAGAGUUAAAAUAUUGAUAGCUUUUAGUUAAUGAAUUGCAGAUAAAGAUAAGGGAGAUUAAAAGGUCAAUCCUUUGUAAAUAUACGGUGGAAAAACUUGUAUGCAGGUUUGUUGUGAAAUAAAUACGAAAUAUCUGAUCUGUGGUGUAAAAUUUAACAACACAUACUCAGCAGCCUUGAUCAACUAGUACACUCGGUCUUUGUGCUCUGGAUUUCUAAAUUUGUUUCUUUUAUGCUGUUUUCUCCCCCUCCUGUCAGCUUGCAGCUCAGACUCCAGUGUUCACACUCAAUGGUCUUUUGUAUGUAGACACUGAAUAGGCACUACAGUCUCACUCCUCCCUCACCAUUUCAACCUCCCUCCCUCUCAACCCUCCUCUUUUACGCUCCCUAGCAAGUGCAUGUCCCUUGACACAAUUACUGACGUCACAGGUGGCUUGAUGAGCCUCCCUGCAGUGCUUUGUUCAGCGUGAUCAGUUUUGGAAUCAAAAGUUGAAGAGGGAGGCAGCUGGCUGCCUGAAAGCAUCAGGUGUGCAUACAGAGAGGCAGGGGGAGAAAGAAGAGAAGAGGAACAGCACUCAGAUGAAUGACACACGCAGCACAGGACGUGAUAGGACAGCAGGACAGUGCUGGGUCAAUAGCGGCAUGUGUAUGUCGGGAUCAAGAUAUAAGGACAGCCGUUAGAGGGAAAUGAACUUGUAUUCAUUUUUUUGGAACUGGGCGGACUAAAUGAUACUGUCAAUAAAUUACCAUUACCACUAGUUUGUCUUUGGACUUGCGCAUAAGGGUGAGCUCUUCUUCUGCUGGACCAUGACUGGCAAGCAAAGAAUCCAAUGGAGGUCCAUGUGCAAAAGCCUGGUCCUGGGUACACUCCUGACAAGCUGCAUGAUCCUUGUUUACUGCCUCUCCACCCCACAGAUCCACUACAGUCUGCCUGAGGUUCCGGUGCCUUAUUCCUGUGCACACCGUCCAACACAGUCCCAGCACAAAUCAACCAUCAACAAUUCAGACACUGCCUACAUCUGUACUCCUAAAGUUGAUAUCAUGUUCAUGAAGACCCAUAAAACAGCCAGCAGCACCUUCCUUAACAUCCUUUUCCGGUUUGGAGAGAAACACCAGGUCAAAUUUGCUUUUCCUGACAGCAGAAAUGACUUCUUCUACCCAUCUUUUUUCCAGCGCUCCCAGGUUAAAGACUACAGACCGGGAAUGUGUUUCAACAUUAUCUGUAAUCACAUGCGCUUCAAUGCACCUGAAGUGUCCAAGUUGCUGCCUGUGGACACAUCCUACAUCACCAUUCUGCGAGACCCUGCAGAGCUUUUUGAAUCUUCCUUCCACUACUUUGGCCGCCUGGUGCCUUUUACUUGGACGAUACCAGGUGACGACAAGCUGACUGAGUUCCUACGUGAUCCCCACAAGUACUUUGAUCCAGGGAGCUUCAACUCUUACUACCUCAAGAAUCUGCUGUUUUUUGACUUUGGACUGGACAACUCUCUGGAUGUGAAUGAUCCGCGAGUGGAAGAAGGAAUCAAAUUCAUCAGUGACCGUUUUCAGCUGGUCAUGUUAGUGGAACACUUUGAGGAAUCACUCAUCCUGCUAAAGGAUGCCCUCUGCUGGGAGAUGGAUGAUUUGCUCUUCUUUAAGCUCAAUAUCCGUAAGGGAUCCACUUUGUCUAAAUUUACUCCUGAGCUGAGAGCUAGGGCCCUUGAGUGGAAUGCUAUUGAUUGGAAGUUAUAUCAGCAUUUUAAUCAAACUUUCUGGAAGAAAGUAGACGCGUACGGGCACCAGCGUAUGGCUGAGGAUGUGGCAGAGCUCAAGAAGAGGAACAAGGAGAUGACAUCUAUCUGCAUUGAGGGCGGCCAUGCUGUAGAAGCUGGCAGCAUCCAAGAGAAAGACAUGCAGCCCUGGCAGCCAAUCGGAGAGAAGUCUAUCAUGGGCUAUAAUUUAAAAAAGAAUAUAGACAAAGCACAUCGGAAUCUGUGCCGCAAGAUGUUAAUGCCUGAGAUUCAGUACUUAACAGAGCUUGGGGUGAACCUCUGGAUUACCAAGUUGUGGGGCCAUGUCCGAGAUAUAAUUAACUGGUAACUCAGUGUGUGAGCACCAGGGGCCAAUUUAAAUCUGAAACACUGUAUUAAGAAGUACUGCGUGGUUGACAGAAUGAGAGGUUAAUAACGUGUCAUAUUUUCUGUCUCUUUGCCUGUUUGAAUUGUACAUGGUUGUGCACUGUGAUGUACAUGAUGAGAGCUUGAGAAAAAAGAAGUUAUGCUCUACAAAUACUGAAUCAGUUUACGACAUGCAGCCAAGGCUUAGUAUUCUCCACUAUGAGUCCGUUUAAUUGUUCUUACUCUCAGAUGUCAGCUUGUUCUAAUGGAGUACUUGACAUAACUAUGAAGUUCACAAUGACGUUCUAAAGCACUUUGAUGGAUUGAUAAGAAAUAUUUAUUUUCAUCCCUGAGAAACUUCUGAGAUUUUGGAAACAUGGAAGGAAUAUCAGUUGGUUUGUAGUAAAUGACGUCUUUGAUGAUCAUUUGAAAAAGUCAAAACAUUUCAUUUCUAAGUGACUGAUUCCCCACUAAGGACUGAAAUAUAUGUGAAAAUAUGCAACUACUUUACUAUCUGUGAAGGACAAAAUCAGUCAUGAUUUUAAAAAGUAUGUGAGUAUCACUCUCUCUCUCUCUCUCUCUCUCUCUCUCUCUCUCUCUAUACAUAUAUAUAUAUGUGUAUAUAUAUAUACAUAUGUAUGUAUAUGUAUAUAUAUAUAACUUUUUUUAAAUGAAUGGCAUUAGCUAUCAGUCUACUUGAGAGUCCUAUCACUACAAAUUCUAAAUCAAAUCAUCAUUAAUGUUAUCAACUAUAAACGUGCUUCUCCAUGUCUGUCAUGUAAUAUGUUUAAUAAGGAAUCAAUAAAUGAAAGAGCCAUUAAAAAUGAUGUAAUUAGCUGUAAAAAAAAACAAACAAACAAAAAAAACCAACCUUAAUUUUAUAGGAUAAAUGUUGCAUUUCCAGCUGUAUCAAUGUUUUUUCUUCAUGUGAGAACUUUACUGUUCAGUUUUCGUUUUGCUGCUUAUAUUUCAGUGAUAAUCAACAAUAAUGUGUUGCUCUUGCCAGUUGUUUUGGGAGGUAGAGUGACAAUGUGAUGUGACUUGUGUAGAGAGCAGGCAAAUAACCUAAAACAUAUGUCUGUCAAGUAAGGUCCUACCUAAAUGUACAAUGACCAAGAGUGUUAAACACCACUCGCAUGUCUACACAGCCUUAUUAUCAGAACCACUCAUAAGAAAUGCAAUUUCAUUUCAUUAAUUUAUGUUUUGUUAAUGCUCUUCAUCAUUCGUUAAACUCUUUAGUUUUGUAAAUUCACCUAUAAUAUUUAGUCAGUAUUUCUUUCCAUUCAGUAUUGUCUUUUCUUAGUGUUUUGUAUUACUAAUGAUUUGAUUUUAACUAAUGUCCUGAUUUUGUCCUCCACACAAUAAUCCAUUGUUACUACCGAUAUAUGAUAAGCUAAGUCUCACAAUAAAAUGAAUAGUAAUAUUGUUUAUUUAAAACAACCAUUUAAUUUUGUUGAAUGACAGCCCUGGGAAAUAUCUGUUCCUAAAAAUGGUGGGUUAAGAUAAAUGACCAUAUUGUAUCUAUGGAUGGGUGAAUAACAUUUCACAAGUUUCCUGUUAAAAUGAGCAUUUGGUGCAGAUAAUGCCUCAAAAUGGUAGUGGUUCCAAACGGACCUAUUAAAGCAUUUAUUUUGAUCAUCAGUGUUAGAAAAGUGUAAUUAAAUCCACUGUGAUUUGUUGUUAUAAAAUAAAAAAAUAAAACAUGAAAAGUUCAGUGAGGAUGGUUAUGUUUUUAACAGAAACUGCAUGAUCACAAUACUUAUUCAUUGCUUGGAGAUGUUCUUAACAUUUGUGUUAAGACAGUCAUAGACUUACAAACACUGUUAAGUCUACGGUUUUACAUAUCAGGAUGUACUCUAAUGGGGAAAAAAUAUGUAACCCUUAAAAGGAAUUAAAAUUUGACAAAUAAAACCUGAA